AUGUUGGGUUUACUUUCCAAAAAGUCAAAUGAGACGCCAAAUCCAAGACCGAAUCCAGAAGGAGAUCAAGAACAACAUCAGUCGUCAAAUCAAGAACCGAGUCAAGAGCAAAACCAGGCGCCACAUAAAGAACCAGAUCAAGCGUUGGAUCCAGGACAAAAUCCUAGACAAGAUCCUAGACAAGAUGCUGGACAAGAUCCUGGAAAAGAUCCUGGAAAAAAUCCUGGAAAAAAUCCUGGACAAAAUUGA